AGCCAUGGCUGACGAAGUCAACAAGCCAGAACCAGAUGCGACUACAGCCUCGACACCACCGUCCAUCUCUAGUGCAGAGGCUGACAACAAGGAGAAGACAGCCCCAAAGAGCACCACCCUCGAUCUCGACCGUGUCGGUGAGACUGAGGGAUAUGUGCUCGACGAGGCACAACUCAAGGAGAAGUUGGGCCUCGCGCCUGAUGUCGCCUUGAAAAAGUCCAAAGGUGGUGUCGUCUUGAUCCCUCAGCCCACCGAGGACCCUGAGGACCCUUUGAACUGGUCGAGAUGGAAGAAGAGUCUCAUCCUGCUCGUCAUUGCCGUCAAUGCCUGUACCGCUGACUACUCCGCUGCGACUGGCGCAAGUGCUUUGAUCCCUCAAGCUGAGGAAUGGCGCAUCUCUCCCAACACCGUCAACCACGCCACUGCUGGCAACACCUUCAUGUUGGGCGUCGGUGGUCUCGCGACCGUGUGGCUGUCUGCUUACUUCGGACGGUUGCCAGUGCUCUUCUGGUUUGGCUGCUUGUCGGCAGGUACCGCUGCUUGGUCUGCCGCCGCUCAAAGCUUCGAAUCAUACAUGGCAUCGCGGAUUCUGAAUGGCCUCUUUUGUGUCGCGGCCGCAGGAGGCGGGUUGAUGUGGAUCAAGGAUGUCUGGUUCUGGCACCAACAUGCGAAAAAGAUCAACAUCUGGUCCACGGCUAUCAUCCUCUCCCCCUUCCUCGGCCCACAAUUCAUGGCGGCAAUUGUCAGCGUCACCUCGUGGCGCAAGGGAAUGUGGCUAGAUUUCGGCAUCAUCGCCCUCGGUCUCGCUCUGACCUUUGUGUUCGGGGACGAGACCUUCUACCCCCGGCACUUGAUGCCAGACCGUAUCCCUAAGCGCAAAUCGCGCCUCCUGCGUGUUAUUGGCGUCGAACAGUACAGGACCAAGUACACCACGAACACAUUCUGGGAGGCCGGCAGUCGUCUGGGCUACACAGCGUUGAAGUUGCCCGUCUUCUUGAUUUGCUUGUUCUACUUCUUUGACUUCCCGUGGACGAUUGGCAACAACACGACCAUCUCGGUGCUGAUCAUCCCAGCAUACAACUUCAGCUAUCGCAAUCUGGCAGCCAUCUACACUGCACCAGUUGUCGGAGCGAUUUUGGGUCUGGUUAUUGGACACUUCAUGUUUGACUUGGUGGCUAAGCUUUGGGCCAAGCGCCACGGAGGCCGUAUUGACCCGGAGAACAGAUUGAUUGUUCUUUGGUUGGUCUUGCCUUUCAAGCUCAUUGGUUACAACCUCAUUGGAGUGACCCUGCACAAUGCCCAGACCUGGUCAUACUGGGUUCUUGCUGUCGGUUGGGCCAUGCACAACUUUGCUACCAUUGUCACCACGGCUGCAGUUGGUGCCUACCUCCUAGAUGGCUAUCCGGAGGCUGGUGGCGAGUGCGCGGCUUGGUUGAACUUUGCUCGAACCCUUGGUGGCUUCAUUGUUGGAUACAUUCAGAUCAACUGGGCAACAAAGGCAGGCACUCAGACUGAAUACGGCAUUCAGACUGGCAUUAUGGGAGCAGCCUUCUUCAUCGUGGUCUUCUUGCAGUUCUUUGGUGCCAGGUUGAGACAUGCUCAGGGCCCAUUGAACUUCAAGACCAAUUAGGUUGUACGCAUGGACGAAGUUUGGUAUGAGAUUCGGAGUAGUGAUAUGGUAUAUUUAUCGUACGGGUGCAGGUUUGACACGUCGAGUCAGGAUACCUAGUAGUGAGCAUUGAUGUUGAAU